GUGUUUGAAGCUCCACUCCCCGUCUUUUUUUUUUCUUUUUGUUUCCGAGGUGGAGUCUCUGAUCCCCCCGACUUUACCCUCCACAGCAGCCGGUGGAGCAGACGGAGGAGACAGGACCACGGUCGCGGCUGGCACAGAUCUGGGACGCAGCAGAUCCGACAAGGAGCAUCUAGAGACCAAAUCAAGGAGCAGGAGAACCAGGAGCAGCGCUUCCACUUGAUCCAAACCCAAGAGCUAACGGAGCAGCGAGGAGAAGGAUGAAUUCUUUGAUCCUGCUGUCGCUUUUUGCCACGGUUAUCACCGGAAAGUCACCUCGACUCAAAUUUGUCGUGCACGAGCCCCCCAGGUACCAUUUCGACAGACCUGAGAACUACAUCAGCAUGUACCACCAGGAAGGAAGCGACACGCUCUACGUAGGCGGCCGGGCAAUGAUCUAUGUGUUGAACUUUACAGACCGGGGGGUCGACUACCAGCAGAUCCCCGCGGCAUCGGAUCAGACCGCAAUCGAUACCUGCAAGGCGAAGGAGGCACCGCUCGAGAUGGAGUGUGAUAAUUUCAUCACCGUCCUUCAGAAAGUGAAUGACACAUUCAUAGCAUGUGGGACAAAUGCUGGAAGCCCCAGAUGCUGGAUGCUGGUAAAUGAUUCAGUGCUGACAGAUGUGCAGGGUGUUGGGCAGAUAGCUUCCCCCUCUGACAUUUCACCACCCUACCCUUCGCAGAAGUUCAUCAACUUACCUGCAGAUGGGAGUCUGUAUUCUGCUAUGUCGUCAACGGGAGGUCAAGCUGGCUCGAUCCGGCGCACAUUUGGCCCACAGAAACUCCUGAAGACGGAGAACGUUUGGCUGCUGAAUCCACAGUUUGCCGGUGCAGCUAUAAUCCCAUCCUCACAAAAAUUCAAGGAGGAGAUCUAUUUCUUCUUCACUGAAUUCAACAAGACAGCCCGAGUGGAUGAGGAGCCUUACAGGGCUCGGAUUGGUCGCAUCUGCACGGUGGAUGAAGGAGGCAUCAAAGCCCUGUUGGCAGACUCCUGGACCACCUUCAUGAAAGCACGGGUGAUGUGCGGAGCAGGAAACACUCAGCAGCAGUACAACAACAUGAAGCAGGCCGUGGUGCUGACAGAUCAGGACAAGAGGGAAGGGGUCAUGUAUGGCCUUUUUUCCAAUGCAUGGGGUAGAACUGUAAUCUGUGCCUAUUCCAUUGAAGAUAUCGACAAAGCCUUCUCCACUUCUAAACUGAGAGGCUACAGCAGUCCAUUCAGCGGCAAUCGCCCUGGCAUGUGUGCCCGCAAGAGCCCUUCAACAGCUGAAAGUCAAAACAACAUCAAAAACCUCGGGGUGAUCAGAUACCACCCAGAAAUUGAGGAUGUGAUCCGUCCCGUUGGUGUGGCUCCACUUGACCUCCCCACAGAUGACCAAAUCACACACACAGUGGCGGAUAUCGUCCUCGCUGUCAAUGAUUUCCACUACAGCGUCCUGUACCUUGGAACAGAACAAGGAAAAAUUCUCAAAGUUCUUCACACCAGCAAUGAGGUCUUCAUCGUCUCUCAGUACUCUCUGUUUCACAAUGAGGGACCGGUUUUAAACAUGGCUAUCGACUCUCAAAAGGGACACCUGUAUGUUGGUACAGCCAUGGAAGUGCAGCGAUUGCCACUGGCUGACUGCAACCGCUAUGGUGACACAUGCAGGGAGUGCAUCCUUUCCCGGGAUCCAUACUGCGGCUGGGACAGGGCCAGGAGGAAGUGCAUCCCCAUCCCGCCUGGAUACAACGCCACGUUAGGAACACUUAUUCAGAAUCUUGAUCAGUCGAACUCCUCCAUUUGCGGCGAAGCUGCUGCUCUAAAGCAGCGCAGAACAUCUCCCCGAGAAGUUGUAGUGAAAGGGAGAAACACCACUGUGUUCCUCCCCUGUCCCGUGCACUCCUUCCACGCCAUGUACCGCUGGGAGAAGGACAACUGCAUCAAGAACUACCCCUGCCUCUUCUCUGGAGACUUCUGUGUCCUGGGACCAGUAGUGGACACACCCUUGAAGGACGGUGUUUUCCGCUGCAUGGCCACUGAGGAUGGAUUUAAAGUUGAGGUUAUUUCCUUCAGGCUGGUAAAUGAUGGCAGGCUUCUAUCUGCUUCCCUUGCCUCCACCUUGGGGCUUUCGGUUCUGCUCGCCAUGGCCACUCUAUGGCUUCAUUAACCACAGCUAACGCAGAUGCUAACUCCUCAUUUUUAAUGGCUCCCUCUGACAGGAUAGGCCAAGAGCCAUUGUGAGAAGGUAAGGUUCGCAUUGCUCUGACAUCCAUGGUUGGGUUGUGCACUGAUAAUUAUUCUUUUUUUAUUUAGCUUUUUAGAAAAAAAAAAGAUUUAAGAAAACAUCAACGAAUAAGAGAGCAAAAAUCUAUAUUUUUAGCAUUUUAGCAGAGGCUACAACAUAUCUACAGGCAGAGCUGUCCUAAUAAGAUAAGAACUAUAAAAUCUGUUCAUUAGCGUUUUAACUAAAGUGAGUAAAAGUUUCUGCCAUAAACUAUCAUGUCUUUCAAGUUCAAAUAUAAUUCAAUCAUAAUGAGGUGCUUUGCGAACCUUUCCUCUGACUUAAAAAAAGAAAAACAAACAUAUCUGAUGAGUUGGGCAAAAAAGAAACACCAAUACCAGGCCAAUUCUUUUAACAUUUCUCUAUAUAUUUUGAAACGGAUUGAUUGUGCUUAUUUGUGGAUAUGUAAGCCUUUAAUAAUGCUCUUACAUGUAUUCAUUCAUCCUGUUAAACAUUAAUAUAGCUCAUUAGCACUUAAAAAUGUCUGGUAUUGAGAUUUUUAAAAGCCUUAAAACUUCUGGGACAUAGACUCCUAAGCACAAUUUUGCAGUCGAGGCAGAAUACUGCAGGCUCGGUUUGCACAGUGAUUAAUGCAGCUGAGUCUAAACAACGUGGCUGGGAGGAAGUGUCAGCUUUUUGACAGGAAGUAGGCGGAUGGGCAAUAGCUCAUCCUCGAACAUCACUGUGUCUCAGCACCUCCUUCUCAGACAAGGCAGUUCCUUUUUAUCUUCAGAGCAGAUGGUAUCAGACAUCAUUAUUGUGCCUUGUUCACAGCUUUGUCCAUUGAUUGUUUUUUUCAUAUGUCGUUCCUGCCCUUACAAUCUGUAAUCCUUUUAAGUAAACAGUAUUAUUGCGACGAAUCAACAGUGGAGAGUCUGUGCUUCAAAUAAAACAGCUUUUUUUGCCUAAAGUUGUGAACAAGGUGCUAUGCUAAAGCCAUUUUGAUCAAA